AUGACCAUCCGUAACGGCCAGACGAACGGGGCUCGGCCCUCCAGCACGUCAUCCGCACGUCUCUUCUCGACUUCUGAAGCCUCCGCAAUAGAUUCAUUCGCAUCCCUCUGCUCCCAGUCAGCAACACCGGAAGACUACCCCUUAGCCGCCUCGAUCGAGAAGAACAUCCCCAUCUACGACCUCCCGCCGUACGCCAGCCUCGACGCAGACCAGCGCGCGGCCCUCCAGGACGAGUGGUACCGCGUCCUCAUCUCCGGCCCCGGCGUCUUCGUCACCAAAGGCCUCUACCGCGACAGGUCCCUAAUCGAAGCGGCCAACGCCGCCUUCGCGUCCAUAAUCGAGGAGGAGAAGAAAUCAGGCGUCGCAAAGGGCGACCACUUCGCCAGCGCCGGCAAGAACGACCGCAUCUGGAACUCCUUCAGCAAGCACGGCCUCGCGGACCCGGCGUCGUUCGUGAAAUACUACGCGAACCCCUACCUCGGCCUCAUCUCCAGCGCGUGGCUGGGGCCCGGGUACCGCAUCACCGCGCAGGUGAACAACACGAAGCCCGGCGCCGCGCCGCAGGUCUGCCACCGCGACUACCACGUCGGCUUCCAGACCGCCGCGGCGUCGGCGCAGUUCCCCCGCGCGAUGCAGGUUGCCAGCCAGCUCUUGACGCUGCAGGGUGCUGUGGCGCACUCUGAGGUCCCCAUCGAGAGCGGGCCGACGAGGCUGCUGCCCUUUAGCCAGACAUUCGAGCCUGGGUAUGUGGCGUACCGACGGCCCGAGUUCAACGAGUUCUUCUUGAAGAAUUACGUGGCGUUGCCGUUGGAGGUGGGCGACGGGCUGUUUUUCAACCCUGCGCUGUUCCAUGCGGCGGGGGAGAACCAGUCGGUCGAUGUUUACCGGAUGGCGAACUUGUUGCAGAUCAGCAGUGCUUUUGGCAAGCCGAUGGAGUUUGUCGAUGCAGUUCCGUUGGUGGAGAAGAGUUGGGAUCACUUGGUGAAGUUGUACGACGAGCAAGGGAUGAGUGAGGAGGUCAAGUCUUUCAUAGCUGCCGUCGGCAACGGAUAUCCUUUCCCAACAAAUCUUGACAACAACCCGCCGAGAAAUGAGGGCAUGGCCCCAGAGUCGGAGCAAGACAAUAUCACCAGCAGUCUAGUAGGCAAAAAGAGCAGGGAGGAGGCGGUAGAUGCGUUGAGGAGCUUUGUCACUAGGUCAAGGACAUAG